UUGCCGGUCGAUUGUGUAUCAGUGAUUUGUAUUUUUGUAUUUAAUUUUAGUUGCUUAUAAUUUAAUCAAUUAAUAUUGAUUUUAAUAAGUUUUUUUAAGCUUGUGUUGAGAGGACAGCUCCGGCUAUCCACUUUAUUGAUCAGACCACUGUGAAUUGAUAUCUGCAUAAUCAAUUAUUAUACAAUAUUUGGUUUAUGGUUUUUUAUACCAGGUUUUGGGUGCUUUUCGGUGCUUUUACCAAUAGUGAUGUAAAUAUUUUUUGACAGGAAAAAGAAAGAAAGACCAAUCUCUAUUAGAUUAAGUUAGUGUAGCUUGAUUGAAAUUGAAUAUGAUCAUGUUAUGUAGUGGGAUUAGUUGUUCGAGGAGAUGGUUUUAGUUCAAAGGAAAUCCAAAACUUUUUAAGGUUUUCCAGUUAUUUUGUUGAUAUACUCAGUUCCGACUCUCUCCUGGAUUAUUUUGGGGGUCCAAAUUUUAAACAUUAUAUCCUUAAUAAUUGCUCAUCAUAUUGGUUUUAUUUGUUUUAGAUGAUCUAGCAGAUGCUUAUGGAUUGUGUAUCUUUGGUGUCCUUGUGCCGUGUUGCUGCCUAUGAGAGUUUUCGCUUUCCAUCGGCACCUUGAUAUUCUUCAUGCUUAUGGUUGUUGACUUGAUGAUCUAUCCUUUUGUAAAGCUGCUAAAUUGUAAUUUUAAUGGCUUAUACAUUCCCAUGCUGGGAGUUUACAUGCACCAAACAAAAUUAGAAAGUGAGAUACAUUCUCUUUAAAACAUAGGUUGAAUGCGGUAGUCAAGAUCAUUGAUCUUUGAGAAAUCUAGUAAAGAAACCAUGGCUCCUUUUGACUGAGAAGUAAGCUGGUGAUGGGUGCAGUUGGUGUUAUUUCACUGCUCGGUUGUGAUAAUAGCAGUGUCUUAUGGUAAAAGAUGCAGCACCCAGUUUAUUCUUUGCAAUGUGUGAGAAGACAAAAGCAUUCGUUAUCUUCUCGACACAAAAGUCGCUCUCCCACUCCUAGACGCCGUAAAAGCCGCUCACCUACACCAAAGCGGAAUGAAAGACAAAGAAAAAGGAGCACUUCUUUAUCCCCUUUAAGUGCAUCCCCACUUACUGGUACCAAAGAGAUGAAAGAUGCAACUGUAAAAUUGAAAACAGAGGAAGAGGACAAGAAAAGGCGUCAGCAGGAGUUAGAAUUAAAACUAAUAGAAGAAGAAACGACAAAAAGAGUGGCAGAAGAAAUUCGAAAGAAAGUUGAAGAGAGCUUGAAUUCCAAGGAAAUCAAACUUGACAUAGAGAAGCGUCUGGAGGAAGGUAGGAAAAGACUUGUUGCUGAGGUUGCAGCCCAGCUUGAAAAAGAAAAGGAAGCAGCUGUUAUAGAGGCCUCGAAAAGAGAGGAACAAGCACAAAGAGAGAAAGAAGAGCUAGAAAGGAUGCUGGAAGAGAACAGGCGGAAGGUAGAAGAAGCUCAAAGAAGAGAAGCCUUGGAACAGCAAAGACGCGAAGAGGCACGUUAUAGAGAAUUGGAAGAACUUCAGAGGCAGAAAGAAGUGGCCUUGCUAAAGAAAAAACAACAAGAGGAGGAAGAACGAGCUAACCAAAUGAAGUUAUUGGGGAAGAACAAAUCGCGUCCAAAGUUGUCAUUUGCGCUAGGUAUGAAAUAGCAAAACGAUUGUAUCUCGUCUCUGUUUUGGGUUGAUUUGUUUCUGGGCUCUGGUCAAUUUUGGCUGGGUUCGAGGGGGAUACUAUAAAUGCAAUGUCAUCUCUUGUGACUUAUCAAUAUAACACUGUCCUUCACAUUUAUGCA